AUGUUGGUUCCAUUGUGAUAUAUUUAACAACUCCUCCUUAAAAAGCCAUGGGCUACAUUUUUGUAUUGUAUCAACGUAUGCCCUGAUUGUUCUUGAUUUUACUGAGAUGCCUCCUUCCUCUAACAAUUUACUUAACACUCUUUCAGUUUGUUUUUUACUAAUUUCUGAUCCCGUAUUUCUACUAUAAUACAACCCAACAAGAUGACGCCAAACAAAACCGAGACAGAAUAAAAUAAAAAGGGAACAACAAAAAGUCAUUAUAGCCUUUCUAUCCUCCUGACAUGUGUAUCCAUCCUUUCUCCCUAUCUGUUCCUCAGACGUAAAUAGUUUUUCCUCAGAUGUGAGCGGUUUUUCUUCCGUCUCACUCAUCUCCAGGGACAGGCAACUUAAAACAAAAGUGAAGCAAAAUAAAAGAGGAAUCUUAAAAUGGCUACCCAUCCUCUCGCCCUGCCCUCAGGGGCGAGCAGUUUCACUUACCCUCAGUCGCUCCCCAUGCGAGCCACCAAAUGCCGCAGUCUGGCUGGGCACAAUCAGGAGCCACUUGUCAAAAGAAACUAACUUUAUUUUUAGAACCACACACGCCAAACAAAACAGCCUCUCAGGAAAAACCCUCAGAGCCUCAACUGCCACCACCGGCUUUCCACAAGCCUCUCUCUCCCACCCAAGCUUCUCUCCACCUCCCACAAUCCUCCUGCUCUUGAAGCCGAUUGGCUGGGUCACGUGGGCGGAGCCAAAAAAGUCCCCCAAUGAGCAGCUCCGUGGUCUGAAAGGGCAGGGAAACAGCCCAAUGAGCAUCACCGCAGAGGAGCCAAUCAGCUAGAUGUUGCUGGGGCCGAGGAGCCAAUCAGCUAGAUGUUGCUGGGGCCGCUGUGAGCCAAUCAUCAGCCAGCAGCUGGAAGUUUGCUGGCAGCUGGAAGUUUGCUGGGGCCCCUUUGGCUGUGGCUCUCAACAGUAACUGUGUAAAAAGUGGAUAGUGGCUCACGUGUCAAAGGAUGGCACGGUCACGAUCUAGAUCGCCCAGGUGGAAACACAGGUCUUUAUCACCAGUACCUAGAAAUUUUGAAUACUACAAGCAAAGAUAUUCUCAUGGGCAUUAUGACUGUGAAUAUAGAAAAUAUCCGAAAAGACCUGUUGCUUGGAGAAUGGACAGUGAGAAACAUGAACAGAAUAAACAAAGAAUUCCCCCUCGUGGAAAUCUAUAUUACCGAUCUUAUGAACAUAGAUCACCUUCCCCCGAGAUAAGAAACUCUGUAGAAAAUUUUUACACAUAUAAUCCUCACCGAGUGUAUUCACCAGGAAGAGGGGAUGGUAACAGAAGAUCUCAGUAUAUACCCACAUACUCAGAGGGUGUACCCUACAUAGAGCAUGAGAGGAAUUGUUAUCCCCAGAAAAUGCAAGGAAGGUAUAUUCCUGAUGACCGCAGAGUUAGAGGAAGUGGGAGAAGAGGGAAACCACCUCAGAGGUCAAUAGCAGAUUCCUUUAGAUUUGAAGGGAAGUGGCAUGAAGAUGAGUUGAGGCACCAGAGGAUGCAAGAAGAAAAAUAUUCCCAGUCACCUAGAAGAGGCUCAGAAGACUUUGACACAAGGAGCUCUUUUCAGAAGAGGUAUCCUGAGGAUCGUGAUUUCAGAAAAUAUGGACACACAUCAAAAAGACCUAAAGACGUGGCGAGGUAUGAGAACAGAGAGCCUGCCAGAAACCCAAAGUGGAAGCCUGAGCAUUUUCCUCCACCUUACCAAGAAAAGAAAGAUCAGCGUAAUUUUGGACCUCAAACUCACCGAUAUGCUGAGAGGGACUAUCCAGAGACCAGUUCAGCAACCAAAGUGUCCUAUGACUAUUGCCACAAGCAUCAUAAGCUCUCAGAAGGUGACCAGGACUUUUCUGAUGGGAGAAAUCAGAAAUACUUGAAAGAAGAAGAUAGAAAACACAGUUCUCAAAAAGGCCCUAUAGGUAGAGAGUCAGAUUGUUUUAAUGCCGGAAGAGGGAGAGAGACUGAAGAUGGGCAAGUCAAAGAACUUUUUAAACCAUCUAAGAAAGACUCAGCGGCCUAUACUCAUUCAAAUAAAAAUGAGGUUGAUUUGAAGCCCUGUAAUGACAAACGAAAGAAAAAAAUAAAGAAAGAAGGGGAAUUCAAAAAGGAGAGCAACUCCUCCAGUAACCAACCUGAUACAAGUCAAAAACUUUCCAAUGUGAAACACUCGUCUGUCAAUAUUAAGAAGAAAUCACUUACAGUUAAAGUAGAUGUGAAGAAAACAGUAGAUACAUUCAGGGCUGCUUCUAGCUAUUCCACAGAGAGACAGAUGUCACAUGAUUUGGUUGCUGUUGGCAGGAAAAGUGAGAACUUUCAUCCAGUGUUUGAACAUCUUGACUCAACUCAGAAUACUGAAAACAAACCUACAGGAGAAUUUGCUCAGGAAAUCAUAACAAUAAUCCAUCAAGUUAAAGCAAAUUAUUUUCCAUCACCUGUCAUUACUCUAAAUGAGCGUUUCUCAAAAAUGCGAAGUACUCAUGAUGCAGAUGCAAAAGAAAUUAAAUUGAAUUCAGAUCCAGAAAUUCACAGGAGAAUAGACAUGUCUUUGGCUGACCUUCAGAGUAAACAAACUAUGGUAUAUGAACCAGAUCAGACUCUGGUCAAAAUAAUAGAUCCAAAUGACCUACGACAUGACAUUGAAAGAAGGAGAAAAGAACGAUUACAGAAUGAAGAUGAGCACAUUUUUCACAUAGCUAGUGCUUCAGAGAGGAAUGAUCAACGUUCCAGUUUUUCAAAGGUGAAGAAUAUUCAUGCUGAUGGAUUCCAAAAACCUACACAUUUUGUAAAAUCAAAUUUUAGAAAAUUUAUUCAGAAACCUUACAUAAAUUAUGCUAUUCGGAGAAAGGAUAUUGUUACUCAAAAACCAUUUGGAGUUGAGGGAAACCAUCAAAAUACAAGAGGCUUUAAAAGACCUUUCAAGUGCUGGGGAUCAAACUCAGGGCUUCAUGCACAACAGAGCAACUUUAGAGGUGGUAGACUCCAUCCCCCAUAUAAAUCAGACCUGGUACAGAAGAGCUUAUACAUUCAGGCUAAAUAUCAGCGUUUGCGGUUUGCUGGUCCAAGGGGAUUUAUCACUAAUAAAUUCAGAGACAGAUUACUGAGGAAAAAAAAGGAAUAUACAAACAUUGCUACAGAAACCUAAUCUGGAAUUGUUACAAAUGGAAGCAACCCUUCAGGAGGAUAUUUGGGAACAUCUGUUUUUGUCCGGAAUUAGAAUUGGCACUAAGGCACUAAUACUGUAACUUUCUUGAUAAAAUAACUUUAUUUUUCAGUAGUGGAAUGCUGCAACUUUUUUACACUUUAAAUUGCUUUUAAAUUACAGUAUUCAGUUUAAAAGUUGCAUUAACUACAGUUUCUUUUGCAAAAAGUCUCAAUAGAAAUACUUGAAGGGCAUUAUUUGUUGAUGCAUUUUUCUCUAAGCAUGGUUUCGAGAGAACUUAUAUCCAGACAUUUAUAUGUUGAAAGCUUUGUUUAUGUAAAACAAAAGUAUCUGAAUUGUAUAGUGUCUGUACAUGAAAGAACUUUAACAGUGGCCUUACAGUAGCUAAUUUUAUACUGGGUUUUUCUUUUUCUGAUGACAUUUUGGCUUAUAACUUGAAGUUUUCUUAAGUUUCUGAUGAUUAAGGCCUAUAUAAUUCAUACAUUUCAUAUUAUGAUAUCAGAAGGCUAGAGAAAAGGUGCUUCAAAUUUUCCAUCAGGUAGUUGUGAGUGCACUGAAUUUUUAGUAAUUUGUUCAUUCAGUUGUUUCCACAACUAUUUGCUCUUUUCCAAUUUCAAAAUGCUAUUGUGGAAAAUGUAAAGAUUUUGUAAUCUAUAUUCCAUCUUAUUUUUCCCUCAGGGCAAGCUUGUGCAUAUCAUAUUUUUAAAGGCUUUUAAAAAUGUGACAAGACAAAAUCUCAUAUUUGAAAAUUGUACUUUACUACUACAGCAUUACAUGUUUUGCAAGCACAUCUUAUAGAGUGUUUAUUUUCAGUUCAGUUGAUAUGUAUAGUGUGCCUACUAUAUGUAAGAUAGAAUCGAUGGGAUUUUAAGUGAAAUUUUUAGGUCCCAGUAUCUGAUUUCUUUAUGUUUUCUAUGUUCUGCUUAACAAUACAUAUACAUUCCCAACUAAAUUUUUGUGAAAUGUUUAUUUGUAAUAAAGCAAAAUAUUGUUGCUC